CCACAACAAGAAAACCCAGAUGCCAAGCACCAAAAAGCCUCGGAUAUAGACUGUUGUCAACCCACGCAAACGAACUAAGGACAACGAACUUCGGAUAUGCACCUGGAAUGUUAGGUCUCUUAAUAGAAGACGUGCUCCCGAAGAAUAAGCGGAGGCCCUAGACUUCUAUAAAGCAGACAUCAAAACCAUGCAGGAAAUACGAUGGGAUGGUCUGGUCAAAAACAGGAUAGAAACCUGUGAUAAUUACUAUGGUAACUGCUACCAAGAAAACAAACAACGCUUAUUUGGAUGUAGCCUUGUUAGACUUAGGCAAAAAGUCUUGAGCUAUAGGUACAUCAACGAGCAUCUCAUUACCAUCUGACAACACUAAGGAUAUUAUGUUCUUUAAACUCUGGAACAAAACAUGUGAGCAGUGUCCUAGUAACGAUAUCCAAAUUGUCCUGGGCGAUUUUAAUGCCAAUCUAGUAAGGGGAGACAUCUUUCGUGAAAUAAUAAGGAAAAACAGCUUGCACGACAAGACUUCCGUUAACAGAUCCAGGCUCAUCGAUUUUGCACGGGACGAAGCGUCAUGCUAAUACGCGAUUUCCGCACCUCAAAACCUACAAACGAACUUGGAGUUGUCCAAAUCAUUCUACCGUCAACCAAAUUGACCAUAUUGCGAUCGACGGUAGACUCACUUCCAGCGUCAUGGAUGUCCGAACUUUCUGAGGAGCUAACAUCGACUCGGAGAGUGCAUGAGAAGCAUAUAUAGGGUCGAAGAUGCUGAGAGAUUCAAAAGAAAGAAUGAAGUUCGGAAGUUUUAUCAACAGGUGAAACAAAAUUCACAAUCUAAUAUUAACUUCGAACCGAAGGCUGCAAAGACGAAAGUGGAAAUUUCAUCGUGGAACCGCAGCCAAUGCUGAGGAUAUGAAAAGACUACUUCUGCAGACUGUAUAACAGUGACGACGAACCGAUUCUGAAAAAAGGACUAUUUUAGUUUGCUUAGCACAGUUUACAAAAUCUGAUAGGUCCUUAUCAGUGUGGUUUUAGACCAGAAAAGUCCACAGUCGAUCAAAUAUUCACAUUACGGUAGAUCCUGGAAAACAUCUAAGAACAUCAAAUCGACAACCACCAUAUCUUUUCAUUGAUUUCAAGGCCACAUAUGACAGCAUCUACAGGGUCGAGCUGUAUUGAACCAUGUCUAGUUUUGGCAUUUCUGAUAAACUUAUCCGUUUGUGCAGGAUGACCAUGGAGAAUUCGCGUUGCUUCAUAAAGGUUGGAAACAACUUAAAAGAAUCAUUCGAUGCCAAAAAAGGCUUUAGAACAGGUGAUGCGCUGUAAUGCGAUUUUCUUAACAUCGUACUUGAAAGAAUAUUUUAGAGCUCCCACGUCAAAACUAGAGACACUAUCUUUCAAAAGUCUGUCCAAUUACUAGCAUAUGAUGAUGUCAUUGACAUAAUCGGAAGAGCUCAACUUGAUGUCAAUGGGACUUUUGUGAGUAUUGAGGCAGAGGCGGCAAAAAUGGGUUGAACGGUUCAUAAGGGCGAAACGAAAUACAUGCUAUCAAGAAAGGACUUACAGCAUCCAUAGACGUAAGUUUGGGGUAGUGAAGGACUUCGUUAAUUAGGCUCUACUAUGAACGCAGAAAACAACACCAGUAACGCAUGAAAACCAUGGCCCGAAAAGGCUUCGAAUCCACACCCACAGGACAGCGCAGUAGAGGAAGAUCGCCAAUCAGGUGGCGGGCACAAGUGGAAGUAACCUCACCCUUGGAGUGCGAAACUGGAGACAUCUGACUAGAGACUGAGCUAGUUAAAGAAGUUUCUUCUGUGAGGCCCUAGUUAACAUAGGACUGUAGCACCAACUUAAGUAAAUGUACACCAUGUGCUGCUUAUUGUAUGCAACGACAUUCCAAUACAUUCAAACCGAUUGCGCCUCCACACAGCCAACCAGACAGACAGGUAACAGGUUGCCGUUGCGCAGCUCUACAGGAAUCUUCAAAUUUCAUAGUCUUUCCAACCAUCAACACAACCAACAACAACAGGUAUACGAUCCAUGUAAAUACAUACCCCAAAAGACGGCCUAAUGUAGAAGUAUUAGUUAACGGCAGCCGAGGUGCCGACGACGACGACGAUGACUAUGAUGAUGACGAUGGCUCACCUGGGUUGGCCAAGCGUAUCGGCUUUGCUUGAGAUACUUUGUUCGUUCCUAUAUGCAGUUCUGCUCGAGAUCUCUUCGUCUUCGGACAGGUAGCCGCACAAAGAGGUCUUUUAGAGGUUCGUUCAGGAAAACGAUAAACCAAAAAUAAAAUAAUUGUUAUACGCAAAAAAAAAAAAAUAAUGUUAUACUACCAAAAGUUCUCGGAUACAUUGAAUUCACUUUUUAAUACAAUACAACACAAUAUUUUUUGUUUCCUUCUUCUAAUUUCUGUGAAGUUUUAAAGACCUCUACGAUUCUACGAUCAGUGCGUAUAUUGUGCAACGGUCUUAUUUCCAAUACACAAAAUAAAUACAAAAUAUCAUCAAAGUGAAGUGAUUAAUUAUGAAUUUCUAAAACGAAAAAUUUGAAAUUAUAAUUUUCAGUUUAAAAAAAUGAAAAUCAAGUCAAAAAGAAUAUAAAAUUUGAAAAAAAAAAUUACUUCAAAAAAAUAAUGAAAGUGGAUUAUACCAACGGCAAUUUAAUAUUGAGUAAAGUUCCAAUCUGUUAAGCUUUGCUUUUGGAUCUUAUAGUUGAGAGUGCAGAACGGAGGAUCAGUAACGACAGGAUCAACCGUAUGUACUUUAUAUCGGUGUGAAACUAUCGGAUUUUAUCUUACUGUUUGAUAUUUGUGAUAUGCUCAGUAUGGAACUGCAGUCAUCAGUGCAUCUACAGCACUUAAACCAUGGAUUACCAACAUUACAAUCACAUCAGCACCAUCACCACCAUCAUCACCAUCACAGUGGAUUUAUGCAAUCAUCACAUCAUCAUCAGCAUCAAAUAAAUAUGCACGAUGAAAAGUCUCCAAAAGGUCACAAAUUGGAAGGAUAUUGUGGAAGUGGCAGCGGAAGUGGUACGAAUGUCUUGCCAACUUCUGCUGCAGAAUGGAUAUCUAUAAACGAACAUCAAAACAAUGCAGAAGACUCUCACAGUUCUCAGGGAAGCAUAUCUGGCGAUGGUCACGGUGGCGUCAAUCAAUUAGGUGGUGUUUUUGUAAACGGUCGUCCAUUACCAGACGUCGUGAGGCAGCGAAUUGUGGAAUUGGCUCAUAAUGGUGUUCGUCCUUGUGAUAUUUCUAGACAGUUACGGGUUAGUCAUGGCUGUGUAUCAAAAAUACUAUCAAGAUAUUAUGAGACUGGAAGUUUCAAGGCUGGUGUAAUAGGUGGAUCAAAACCAAAAGUAGCAACACCACCUGUAGUCGAUGCGAUAGCAAAUUACAAACGAGAAAAUCCAACAAUGUUCGCUUGGGAAAUUCGCGACAGAUUGCUUGCCGAAGGCAUAUGCUCACAGGAUAAUGUGCCUAGUGUUUCAUCAAUAAAUCGAAUUGUCCGUAACAAAGCGGCAGAAAAGGCUAAACAUGUUCAUCACCAGCAGCAACAACAAACUCAACAACAAUCUAGUUCCUCAGCAGCGGUAGUUGGAACCGCAGCAGGCAGUGGUACUGGGACAGCAGGAGCAAGUGGCAAUAGCAGUGGCAAUGUUGGUGGAAGCGGAAAUAGUGGCAGCGUUGGUGGUGCUCAUGCUCCAGCUAUGCAACAACAACAGCAACAACAACAGCAACCCCCGCAAGCACUCAUAAACCCAUCAGGUAAUGGUUCAAAUCCUGGCGGCGGCGGUGGUGGUGGUGGUAGUAAUAAUGUUGUUAAUGGAAAUGAUGGUCAAGGUGAACAUAGGACAGCUGGUUAUAGUAUAAAUGGAAUUUUAGGUAUACAUCAUGCAACAGACCCGAAUGGAAAUAAUAUUAAAAGAAAACGGAUUGAUGAUCAUGUAAUAUUUUUUUCAGAUGACGAAAAUCGUGACAUCAAUAUUCAUCCCGAAGAGGAUAUCAAACGUCAGAGAUUAGCUUAUAGCGGUGAUCAAUUAUAUUCUAAUAUUUGGUCCGGAAAAUGGUGCAUCAAGGAUGAACACAAACUUUUGUCAGAAUUGGGGAGUGUAACAAAUGGUGGAGGAACUUACUACGAUACACACAACAGCUUUCCCACGUCUACUGGAACUGAAUCCAUUCUCUAUGAUAGUAUAACGACAAUUACGCAAUCACAAAGUUCGCUGUAUACCCCACCAAUUGGAACAUCGAUUGCUGGUGGUUCUUUAACACCAUUAGCACCUAUAAGUAUGCAGGACAUGAAACUUGGCACAGGAAUACUUGAUCAGUCCUUAUCGCCAUAUAAUUCAGUUGUUGAAAACGGUCAUUAUGCUACAAUAACAAAUCUGGGUAAUGUCGUCUCACCACACGCGGAAACAGUUUCAUCACCAGGGUUGCCAAUAACGAUAAUAACUUCUGACAGUGUUGUGCCGGAUAUGCAACAAAACGGUGGUGGCGGCCAUUUAUCUACUAAUCGAAAUAGUUCUUCGAAUAACAAUCAGUCAGAUCAAAAUGUUGGCAGUGGUAGCAGUGGAAGUGGUGUUGCAUCAUCAAAUGCAAAUAACGGCGGCGAUGAUGGCAGAGGGGGCAUUACUUCACAAACUAUGAAUUCAAAUAACAAUUUAAGUGUAAAUACGACAAACGAAAGGGGAAAUUCAAAUGUCUCGCCGAGCCAUCAACAUCAUCAGCAGGAUAAUUCGUCAUUAAUUUUGUUGCAACCUAGCAACCAAAGCGGUGGCGGUUAUUCCUCAAUGCUGCCAAGUUUUAGUCAUUAUUCAACAGGUUGUGGAUCUGUUGUUCCGACAACUGAUUAUGCAUACAGUCCAGCAUAUCCACAGUAUGGCAGUGCCUACGGGUCAUACGGAUAUAGCACAUCUGGUGGACUCCUCAAUACAUCAUAUUAUUAUGAAAGUGGACAAAACCAAACAACAACCCUUAACCAAGACAUGCGCUCUCCCCUAGCUGCAACGCGUGCUAAUUCAUUAGCAAGUGCAGCAUCACCAACAGGCAGUGCUUGCACAAAAUCAGAGCCUUCUGAUAUUUUUCUAGUUUAGUAUUGGUUACAUAUUUAAUCGAAUAUAAACAACAAAUUGAAACAAAAGAAAAAUUAAAAUAAAUUAUAGUAUAUAUGUAUACAUACACAUGAAUAUAUAUAUUAUUAUUAUUAUUAUUUUUAAAAAUAUAUAUAAAUGAAUUAAUAUUAAAGACAAAAUAUUAAAAAUACGAAGAUGAUUAAGGCUAUUAUUAAUCAAUGAUGAUCAAAUAAGUUUAAACGAAAACUAAAAGAAAAAAAAUAAGCAAAACAAAAAAUAAUGUAAUGACCUAGCUUAAAAAACACUCUUUAAAAACAAUUAUUUAUUCCAGAAAUCUUAACUUAUUAUAUAAUAUAUGUUAAGACAAAUCACAAAUGAGAUUAAAAAAAAAACACAACAACAAAAACGCGAAAGAAUAUUUCUUUUUUUAGUGUUAAUUCCAAAUCAGCACGUUAAUAUUUUUUUUUAUCAAAACUAUAUAAAUUGUAACCUUAAUAUUUCUAUUUAUUUAAAAACAAAAAUAACCAAACAUAAUUUUAGCUUAAUAUCUAUGUACUUACUAAAGAUAACAGGAAAUUAAAUUUCCCUCCUCCUCCAUCCUUAAAUUAUUUAUAUCUACUUUUAAUGUAAAUUGCUUCUACUCGUAAUUAUUAUUUUAUUUAUUUAUAUUUUUAUUUUUAUCCAAAAUCCCAGUCUAAUGGAACUUACUAUUAUAACGGAUUAACCACAUAAAUUCAUAUUAAUUAAACAGUAUUGAAAGGUUUUGUCUAGACACUUUGACAAGUCGUGGUCUAUUGUGUGGUGUCCGUUACUGUUAUCGUUACCGUUGCUUUAACAUUCCUUGACAUUUAUUGCUGAUCGAAACAGUUAAAAUUGUUUGAUUUGUUCUCCUAAACAGUUUUAUUUUAUUUGCGAAAUAUUCACAGAAGUUUCUAAACAAAAAGCUUUUUAGUCAGAUUCAACUCGCGAAAGGAUUUUUGGUAGUUUUGUUUCCAUCUCUUCAAAGGAUUUUGAACAAUAAUAAAAUACUCAACCGAAAAUACUAACCGAUACUACCUUGUAAAAAAAUUUUGCUGUGUUAUUUUAGUAAAUAAAAAAAAGAUAAAAAUAGAAAAACAAAAAAAAUAAUAUAAUAAUGAUAAUAAUUGAAAAGAACAUCUAUUAAAUUUUUUAUAUUUUUUUUGUUUUCUUUAAGACUGAUCGAUAAAGCAUAAUAAAGAAUAUCGAAUAAAUCAAUAAUUUAACCAUGUAUUCGAAAAAAAUCCUUUCAUGAGUUGAUGUAAUAAUUAAAAACAUUAAAUAUGAAAAAUACAAAAAAAAA